AUGGAAUUUUCAUUAGCCUGCGCUGCGCAGAUAGGUUGGCAUUCAUCAGAAUUUGAAUCAAUAUUGGGUAUAGCAUUAUCAGAUGCCGGAGUAUCCUUACUUUGUAAGAUCACCUCUUCAGGAGUAUCAUUAGAAUUUUUCGUUCCAAUAGACAGUAUUAAUUUGAAGAUUGUUUAA